UGCAGGUGUGCACGUACAUUGAUGCAGGUCGUGGCGUCGCUACAAGGAGAGGACGAGAGAGGCACGCGGCGGUGACGUCACGAGGUCCGCGCGGUGUCCUGGAAACUUGCAGACACAAACAAGUGCAGCACUUGAAAUAAACCCAGCAAGAAGUCAACUUACCUCCGAGCGGCGAGUGGAAUUUGUCUCAUGGAACUUUUGAAAAGACUUCCGGCGUCCUUCAAGUAGGCGCCGACGUCGUAAAAUGACGAGCAGACGGAAGAAGUCUGAGCUUGUGAACAUCAACUGCAAGUCCGAAGACAAAGUGCAGAUGUCUCCCAUCAUCUCUGCUCUCACCCUCAACGUCGCACUUAUGGACAUCAACCAGAGGACACUGGAGAAAUGUCAUAACCUCUCGACAGAAGAGUUUACAGACACAUUAAUGCUCCAGUCCAGAGUCAAAGAACAGUCCAAUCUGAUCUGUGUACUGAAAGACAGAUCCGACGAACUGUUCCACCAAAGUCAAAACCUGCAGCAGGCCAACGCACAGCUAGAGAUGCAACUUGAGAUCUGUCAGAAAGAAAUGUCGCAAAAGCAGGCUCGAGCAGAGGUGGUAGAAAAGCGCUUCAUGGAUUUAGACGCCAACAGUCGAUCGAUCAUCGUGUUCAUGGAAGAGUACAAACAUCAGAACGCUCAGUUGAAGCUGGAGAACAAGCAACUGCAGAAGGAAAACGACUCCCUUUUCUCCCAGAAGUUGCAUGAUAAAGAGAUGGUGCUGGAACAACUUGCACUGGACAUCAAAGUGCUGACAGAGGAGUUCACAAACAAGGAGCGGGAAUAUCAGGAGAAAAUGGCAGAAAUUGAAUCGACAUCCUUUACGCAAUUAUCAGAGCAUGAAGAGAGGGAGGCAGCACUACUUGAACAACUGCAUGUAUCCAAGAAACAACAUGAAGCUGCAGAGCAGAUGUGCAAAGAAUUAAAGCUGAAAGUUCAUAAAGCAGAGGAUCAGCACACUUUGAAGGAAGCCACUAUGAGCAAAAGCAUUAGCAGCCUCACCAAAGAGCGGGACAAGCUGCUGCGCAUCUGUGUGGAAAGAGAGAACACCAUCCAGGAGAAGCAUGAGGAACUCCGGCAUCUAGAGUUACAAUACAAGGAGCAGAAGAGAGCCCGGACAAGAGUAGAAGAAAGGUUUAAACGUGAAGCAGAAGCAGUUAAUGCAGAUAAAAAAGUGAAGUCUCUCAAAAUGGCCAUCGAAGAAGCCAAGACAAAGUAUGAGAUGCUCAACAAGGACUUUGAGGCCUUCAAAGAACACAGCACCGGUCUCCUUAACAAAGAAAGAGAGUUGAACAAGAUACUACGACACUUGAGGAGCUAAUCCUACAGAUUUUACAAAUCUUUCUCAAUACCAGGUUCCAAUGAGAAACUAUGAGCAUUAUUAUAUAUUACAAUGUCAUCUUUAAUAUCCUAAGUUUUUCCGGAUCAAUAAAAGAAAAAGACAACAUACUUAUUAGCAAGACACAUGAAAAGUUCCUCAAUAGAAGUGAUACUGUACAGUUUAGAGAAGCUUCCAUAUGUCAGCACUUAAGAGUGUUCCUCUGCCAGUUUCUCAGCCUUUUGAACCACUUCUUCAAUGGGACCCACCAUAUAGAAAGCC